UUCCACAUUAGAGGUCAUGAGUAUGUCCUAAGCUUUAUCACGGCUCAUAUCUUCAUUCAUCAACAUCAAUUUGAAAACUUCCAUUUGACCACCAAAUAGUUUUGACGGUCGGCAUUCGGCGUUCGUCACUUUAUCAGUUCAUUUCCAUUUAACGUACGCAGGGCGUAGACCGUAGCAGCGUCCAUUCCUCAUUGAUUCUCGUUCUCUAUAUUUUUCUCAAUUUUCACUUUCAAUUCCUUAAUCUAUUUUCCUCUAGAUCGUUUUUCUCUACGACCAACAUGUCACGAAAAUUCUUUGUUGGAGGAAACUGGAAGUUGAACGGCACGAAGAAAGUUGCUGAUGAACUACUCAGCAAUUUAGUAAAGGGACCUUUGGACCCUAAUGUUGAGGUUUUGAUUGGAGUACCAGCCAUAUACUUGGAUUUUGUCAAAGAAAAAGCACCAUGUAACAUAUAUGUUGCUGCACAGAAUUGUUAUAAAACUGAAAAAGGCGCGUUUACUGGAGAGAUAAGCCCCAGUAUGUUAAAAGAUAUUGGUAUUGAUUGGGUGAUUUUAGGUCACUCUGAACGUCGGCAGAUAUUUCAAGAAAGUGAUACUCUCAUUGCUGAAAAAGUAAAUCAUGCUCUUGAGUCUGGAUUAUCUGUUGUCGCAUGUAUUGGUGAAACUCUUGAAGAACGUGAAGCCGGACAAACUGAAGCGGUUGUAGCUAAGCAAAUUAAAGCUAUUAAGGAGAAAAUAUGCAAUUGGCAAAAUGUAGUUAUUGCUUAUGAACCAGUCUGGGCCAUUGGUACUGGUAAGACUGCCAGCCCUCAACAAGCCCAAGAUGUCCAUAAAAUUUUGAGAAAAUGGCUAAGUGAUGAAGUAAAUGAAACUGUUGCCAAGACUACACGCAUCAUUUAUGGUGGAUCUGUGACAUCAUCUAAUUGCCGAGAAUUAGCUAAAGAAUGCGACAUUGAUGGAUUUUUGGUUGGAGGUGCAUCCUUAAAACCAGAAUUUGUUGAAAUAGUCAACGCUAAUCAGUAAUUUAAAUAUGUGAAUACACUAUUGUUGUUUUCUUAUGAGUUUGAUGCAAUAGGUAACUUAAUACCAUUUAGAAUUGAUCAAAGCAACAAUUUUGUGAAUAAAAUGUAUGUUUUGUGUGUUAAAUUUUCCUCGAAGACUCAUUAAUUUUCGUGUAUUACUGUAGUAAACAAAACUUAAAAUUCUCAAAAACUCAAAAUUUACAUGUUUAAUGUUUAUACAAUAAAUAAAUUAUACUAUAUUA